AUGAUUGUAGAAGAUGAAUAUUUUUCUUGCUCUUCCGAUGAUUACGAAAGUGCGCAAAGUCUUAAUUCUAGUCUUUCUGACUCUGAUCCUCUUGAAGAUAAGCUUUCUAAUAUAUUUAGCAAUAACUCCAAAUUUCUUUCCCUAGUGCACAUCAACGCGCAGAGCAUUCCCGCUCACUACAACGAUCUUCUCACAUCUUUUAGCGCCGGCGUAGUUGAUAGUAUUCUCGUAUCGGAAACUUGGCUGAAGCCUUCAUUACCUUCGACUAGCUGUUCCAUUCCAGGCUACAAACUCUUUCGCAAUGACCGUACGGGCUGCGGGGGUGGUGGUGUUGGUGUUUACCUACGUAGCCACAUUCCUGCUGACGUUGUUUGCAGUUCUCAGUCACAGUAUACUGGAUCUUUGGAAUAUCUGUUUCUUUCAGUAGUAGUCCACCAUAAAAAAAUUCUGCUUGGUGUUUUAUAUAGCCCAAAUGACAAAACAGACUACUUUAACACCUUGGAAGGUACUCUUGUAGACUUGGUUCCCCUUUUUGAUCAUGUUGUUCUUAUGGGCGACCUAAAUACUUGUAUUCUCAAGAAUAACUACCGUUCGGAUAAGUUAUUAGCUUUGACGUCUGCGCUUGAUCUCCAAGUGCUGACGACAUUGAAACCGACCCAUUACUUCCCUAACAGCAGACCUUCCCUGAUUGACUUAAUGAUUGUUUCUCACCCUAAGCUGGUCCUUUCGCAUGGGCAGAUGGAUGCUCCUUUUUCACAUCACGAUUUAAUUUUUCUCUCUUACAGAGUGCGUCCACCUAAAGUUAAAGGAAAGGUCCGUCUAUUGCGCAAUUUUAAGCAUAUGGAUCUUGUUCGUUUGAGAGAGGAUAUUGGUCGGGUUGACUGGUCUUUGCUUUUUUCGUCUGACAGUAUUGACGUUAAGGUUGAUAUUCUUAAUACUGAACUUGUAAAAAUUUAUGACUCUCAUGCACCAGUACGUCCAGUACGUGUCAGACACGCACCAGCUCCUUGGCUUUCGCCUGAGAUUAGAAGGGUUAUGGUGAAGCGUGAUAGAGCCAAGUGCCGUCUAAAACGUGAGCCCUCUCUAUUAAACCUCGAAGCCUAUAAGAAGUUACGAAAUCUCUGCAACAGAAUGUGUAGGGAUGCUAAACGCCGUUAUAUUCAUUCCACCAUUCAAAAUCUUUCUCAGGCUCAGGUCUGGAAAUUUUUGCAUUCUAUUGGCGUGGGCGAGUCCAUGGAUGUUUGUCAAAGCAACGUGGAUCUCAAUGCCCUAAAUUCUCAUUUUUCGACUCCCCCUGUCAUUCUUAACCAUCUUACUAAAUCCAGUACCCUUUCUUCUCUUUCUAAUCUUGUUCCACCUGUUUGUCCCCCUUUUACUUUUAACAUGGUCUCAGAAGAAACUGUAAUGAAAUGUGUCCGCUCAAUCUCCACCAAAGCCAUCGGCAGUGACAAUUUGAGCCUCGACAUGAUUCUACCUGUGUUGGAGGACAUUGCACCUGUUGUUACUCAUAUCAUAAAUUAUUCUCUCUCGCGCAAUGUUUUUCCAGCACAAUGGAAAAAGGCUUUUGUUAUACCUCUCCCUAAAAUCCCAAAUCCUACAUCACUUUCACAAUACCGUCCUAUUUCUAUUCUUCCUAUCCUCUCUAAAGCUCUUGAGUCCAUUGACACUUUAUUCUCACCUCAUCUCCCAUAA